AUGGAAAGCUUUGAGUUUGUAUUUAUAAUGCAUCUUAUGAUCAUGAUUCUUGGAAAGACAAAUGAUCUAUCUGCAUGCUUGCAAAGGAAAGAUCAAAACAUUGUGCGUGCCAUAGGGCUAAUUGGUACUACAUUGAAGGAAGUUGAGAAAAUAAGAAACACCGGUUGGGAUGAGAUUUUUGAAGAUGCGCAGGGAUUUUGUCUUGUGCAUAAUAUUGUUGUGCCAGUUAUGGAAGAUAAAAUACCAGCUAGAGGUCAUUCAAGGGGUCCUGGUAGUCAGUUAGUAACUUACUAUGACCAUUUUCAUCAUGAAAUAUUCAAUGUGGUGCUUGAUCAAAUUAUUGUUGAUUUCAAUAAUCGCUUUGCUGAAAGGUCUACUCAGUUAUUGAGGUGCAUAGCUUGUCUUGAUCCAAAGAAUUCUUUUGCUAAUUUUGAUAGUGAUAAGUUAAUUGAACUUGCAAGAAUGUAUGCUCAUGACUUCUCCCAGUAUGAGUGUAUAGUUCUUAGGGAUCAACUUGGCACAUUUAUUGCUGAUGCAAGAGAAGAUCUAAACUUUGCAAAUUGUAUUGAUCUUGGGAACCUUGCUCUUACGAUGGUUCAAACUGAGAGACACAAGACUUUUCCGCUGUUAUAUCGUCUUGUUGAGUUAGCCUUGAUUUUGCCAGUUGCAACCGCGACAGUGGAAAGAGCAUUCUCGGCAAUGAAGAUAAUUAAGACAGAUUUGAGAAAUAAAAUGAAUGAUGAUUGGAUGAAUCAUAGUAUGUUAUGCUAUAUUGAGCGACACAUAUUUGCAAGCAUCGAAGAUGAUAAGAUUUUGAAGUGUUUCCAAAGUAUGCGGUCACGCAAAAAACAACUACCAAGUUUAGCCAGCGGUUCUAGCUCCGCUCCUAUUAUUGAUGAGGAAAUGGUAGGCUAGAAGUACGGCAAAUCUCACCUAUUUAGGUACCAAAAAUAUGAUCUGGUCGUGCUACUAUUCAAGAUUUUUUUAUAGUUUUUCUUAUUUUUAUCUGGUUA